AUGGGAUCUUGCAAGGACAUCCAAGAAGAUGACAGCCGUCGACUGUUUUACCUGGCACUUCGCACUGAGAAUUCUGAGAUCUCGAAGACGCUAUUACAUCAGAUACAGCACAAAUACACUGACAUCCCGUGUCCGUUGGAGAUUGAUGUCUCUACCGGUGAAAGAGCCUUGCUCUUUGCAGUUUCAAAGGGGAAUACGGCAAUUGUUAGUAUCCUGCUGGACAAGGGGUUUGAUGUGCAACUCAGAAUGAGCAGUGGCCAUACUCUCCUACACCUUGCUGUCAUCCGUCAAGAUUCAGCGAUGAUAAAACACCUACUAGAACGAGAAGCCGAUCCUCAUAUCCGCGACCUCAACGGCCGUACACCAUUAUUCUGGGCAGUGAAGCUGGAAAUUAUAGCAAUAGCAGACAUCCUGAUCGAAGCUGGAGCUAAUCCCAGCGUUCCAGAGAGUGAGUAUCGACCGCUUACGGACCACGAGAAAACAGACAUCAACUUGAUACUAGGCCACGAGGGCGCAUCUGAGGCCUCUGAUCAUAGUGGGCAGUCACCUCUUCACCUUGCAGCAUUGGAUCGGAAUCAGGCCAUGAUGACAUGUUUACUACAAAAGCGCGUGCAUUCAGACAUCAAAGACCAUCAUGGCCGGACCCCGCUAUUCUGGGCAGUGCAGAAGGGCCAUGUAUCAGCCGCACAUGCUCUACUUGAGGCGGGAUCUGAUCCAAACAUUCCAGAAAGCGAUGGGAUGCUUCCCAUACGUUAUAAUCUGCAAUCAUCUGUGACCGUGGACUCACGGCACCGAAAACUCGAACUGGAACCUCGGAAUAAAUCCUGGAAGAUGGGUAACCAGACACCGCUAUUUUUUGCAGCCGGGAAUGGGGACGACAGCUUGAUCAGGUUGUUACUGGAGUAUGGAGCAGAGCCGGACCCUUUGGACGAAUAUGGAGAGACUCCGUUACUUUGGGCUGCAGCCCGGGGACUUGAUGCCCCAGUCAAAACGCUUCUAGACAGAGGAGGUCUGCAGGGGUGUCUCGUUGUUGGGUCGACGUGA